UGCUCUUCCCGUAGGAUCCCGCUCCAGCAUGUCCGAAACUGUGAAGUAUGUGGACGAUGAGCACAAGACCAUCUUUCUGAAGCUACUGAACGAGCAGCGUUUGGAGGGCGAGCACUGCGACAUCGCUGUAGUAGUAGAGGAUGUGAAAUUCAGGGCGCAUCGCUGUGUGUUAGCGGCGUGCAGCAACUACUUCAAGAAACUCUUUAAGAAACACGAGGUGGACAGUUCGUCCGUCAUCGAGAUCGACUUCAUCCGCUCGGACAUCUUCGAGGAGGUGCUGAAUUACAUGUACACCGCCAAGAUCUCGGUGAGGAAGAAGGAUGUGAAUCUAAUGAUGUCCUCCGGACAGAUCCUCGGAAUACGCUUUUUAGACAAACUCUGCGCGCAGAAACGCGACAUGUCGCCCGACGAGAAAAACGACCCCAGGAACGCAAAGUUCCCAUAUGAUAUGGUGAAAAUGGGGCUUCCGGCGGAAGAUCCUCCGCUGAGUCAAGACAGCGACGUCCAGGUGCUCGGCGACCAAGACGACACGCCUUCGGACGACAUCGUAGAGGAGCCUCAAGGCAAUCACGAUUUGGAUAAAUCGCCAAAUAAUGCGUUACGAGUGCAGGAGGCCAUCCUGAAGGAGCUGGCGCAGGAGGAGGUGCACAAAGUGAGCUGCUACGAUCAAGAUGUGGAAGCAAUGGACGGAGAACCCAAAGAGCUGGCGGCUCACACCCAAACGCUCUCGUUCACCGAAAGCAUGGGCGAUGUUAAAGACGAGCAGCCGCCGGGAUGGACGACUGCCGCCGCCGAUAUGAAGUUUGAGUAUCUGCUCUACGGCCACCGCGAUCAGCUGGCAUGCCAAGUGUGCGGAAAGAGCUUCAUCGACGAGAACCGCUUGAGGAAACACGAGAAGCUGCACUCGGCCGACCGGCCGUUCGUCUGCGAGAUCUGCACCAAAGCCUUCACCACUCAAGCGCAUUUAAAGGAGCACCUGAAGAUCCACACGGGCUUCAAGCCAUAUCGCUGCGAAGCCUGCGGGAAGUCGUUCAUCCGCGCGCCGGAUUUGAAGAAACACGAGCGUGUGCACAGCAACGAGCGGCCGUUCAGCUGCCAGAUGUGUGAGAAGGCCUUCAAACACAAGUCGCACCUGAAGGACCACGAGCGCCGCCACCGAGGAGAGAAGCCCUUCGUGUGCGGCUCCUGCACCAAGGCCUUCGCCAAAGCGUCCGAUCUGAAGAGACACGAGAACAACAUGCACAGCGAGCGCAAGCAGUUGCAGAGCGAGACCGAGCAGCUCCAGGCCGCAGCAAUGGCCGCCGAGGCCGAGCAGCAGCUGGAGUCCAUCGCCUGCUCAUAA